UUCCAUUAUUAUAGGGAUUAGGCCUAGUUUCAGUUUGUUUAUGUUUAGUGUUAUAGUGUUUAGUAGCGUUUAGUAAUAGGGAGUUCAGAUUUUUUCAUUUGUUUGUGUUUGUAAUCAUAAAAUCUUGGACUGUCCGUGUCCCUACUAGAUCUACCGGCCUAGCCGUCGUAAACUCAGUCCUAGUCCUAGGUCUACGUUAUUGUUAACAUCCUUAUUUGGCUUUAACUUAUCCUACUUGAUUGUUUUUUACGUUAGAACUGAAUAUUCCUUAGUGACAUGAGUUCUUCCAGUAACAGAGAAUCUCAUAGUAAGGAUAUUAAAAUAUCUCCUGGAGCAGUUGUAUGCGUUGAAUCCAAACUCAAGGGCAGUGUUUCCAUUGGAAGCAUGACAAUAAUCCAUCCUAAAGCAUCUAUAAUUGCUGAAGCAGGACAAGUCAUAAUAGGAGAAAAUAAUAUCAUUGAAGAACAAGCAUCAAUCAUAUACAGGUCUAGGGAUGACACAUCAAAAGAAAAUGCUGUGCCAUUAAACAUUGGAGUGAAUAAUGUGUUUGAAGUUGGAUGUGAAAUACAUGCCAAGUCAAUUGGUGAUCACAACGUGUUUGAAUCUAAAUGUUAUGUUGGCCCCAAUGUGGAGAUUGGUAAUGGCUGCAUCAUUGGCGCCGGAUGUCGCAUCACAGUCUCUGAGAGGUUGCCCGACCUGACGGUGAUCACAGGACAAGAGUGUGUGCGCCGGCUCGCCUUAGAUAAGCCACCGGGAUGUGAGGACUUAACACGCCAGCUAGAUGAGUUGACAGUCAUGAGUGAAAUAUUCACAAAAGAAGAGUUUUCAAGCAGUUCGGCUUGUGACCAAGUGACAGCCGUGUUUGAAGCUCACGUUCCACUCCCUUGUGACUUUACUCUGUCGCUGUCUCAAGAAUCUGGUCGGACCAGUUUUCCGAUUAAUCACUUGCCUCCGAUCCGACUCUGCACCUCCUUCCCAAAGGAUUAUCCGUCCAUCAGUUGUCCUGACUUUUUAUUAUCUUGUUGCUGGCUUAGUAAGACUAAGCUAGAACUACUUGUUAUGGAAUUAAAUAAACUAUGGGAUGAAAACAAGUGUGAGAUACUUUUUAUCUGGUGUUCAUUUUUAAAAGACCAGAGUCUAGACUUAUUAAAUAUCACAAACAGUUAUGAACUGUGUGAGAAAGAUCCAACUCCAAAAUCAGAGGGUUCAGAAAGUUGCUUGGACCAAAUCAAACAACCAUACAAAUUGUACUAUAGUCGACAAGCUUUGAAAGACAAACGAAAUAACAACAGAUUCGACCAAAAAAGACAAGAGUACAGUUGGAGGAAAAAUAGGGGUGUAGAUUAUUUUGCCCGUAGUAAAGUCAUAAGCAAACUAACCAAGGAGGCAAAUGAAAAGUUUAUGUUUUAUCACAAAGAAUGUGUCAAACGACUAUUUUUCAACUUGAUAGAUUACAACGCUUCAAAAUCAAAAGAUGAGUUUAGCAAGAACAUGCAGGAUUGCAACGUGUGCUUUAGUCAAGUGAUAGGGGAGCAGUGUAAACAGCUGAACUGUGGUCACAUCACAUGUGUGGAGUGUCUACGACGUCUGUGUCAGGUGCACAUAGAGCAAGGUACGAUGGAGUGUAUAGUGUGUCCUCAGGAGAACUGUGGUCUUGAACUGCCCGCCAACCUCAUAAACGAUCUGGUGUCAAAAGAAUUGUAUGACAGAUACGACAGAUUGAUGUUGAACAGAACGUUAGACAAGAUUAGCAACAUGACUUACUGCCCCCGUCCAGCCUGCCAAUACCCCAUCUCCACUCAAGACGAGGAAUCAUUGGCCGUCUGUCCGAGCUGCGGCUUCGCUUUAUGCGUGUUUUGCAGAAGAGUCUAUCACGGAAUAGAGGGGUGUAGACUGAAAAGCGAAGAAAAAUCUGAACUGGUCGAAGCGUACAAGAACGCAGAUCGUGAAAAAAGGCUCGAUUUGGAAAAGCGAUAUGGUAAAAAACAACUGACAGAACUUGUGAACACCGCUGACACGGAAGCGUGGAUGUCACAAAACAGCAAAAAGUGUCCUUGCUGCAAUAUCAACAUAGAGAAAAACGACGGCUGCAACAAAAUGAUCUGCAGGAAGUGCAACACAAACUUUUGCUGGCUUUGUUUGGCACGAGUUUCUUCUUUAAAUCCCUACCUACACUACCAGGAUCCUAAAUCAAAGUGCUUUAACUUAUUGUUUGAAGGAAUUGAAGGUAUUGAGGACAUUGAAGACAUUGAAGAGGAAGACGAAGGCAAUGAAGAAGUAGUGUUCUUCGUCCCUGAUGAAGCUAUUGCCUCCGAUGAUGAAAUUAAUGACAUGAUUGAAAUGCUUGGUUGAAGUUUACCAUAGAUGCUUUAAAACCUGGAUUCAAAAGUAACAUGUAGCCUAUGCUAAACAAAAAAAAGAUAGACUAAAAAAAUCAUAUUUUUUUAAAAUUAAGGUAGUUUUGGAUACUUAAAAACACAUUAAAUGGCUUUACAAAAAAGGUUUAUUUAAUAAAAGAUCAUUCAUUUAAGUAGACUUUUAUUUGAUUGAAUUGUUAAUAUUUUAUCAGUGUUUAAAUUGUCAUCAGAUAUCUUUUUGUGGCUAGUUUUCUCAUUAUGUUUUCCUUAUUUGUGGAAACCCCUAAAUUGUAUCAUAUGAUAAAUGUUUUAUUACUUUUUUCAUUCUAUUGCAAUUAUUUAAUCAUAUUUUAGUUUUACAGAAUUAAAAUUUGUUGUUACAUUUUAGCCUUAUCCAAUUUUAUUAUUUGCAAUAAUUACUGUAACCUAGCAUUUUUACAAAUGUUGUAAGCAGUCAUGUACAAUGUUUUAUCAUGAUAAUAAUUUAGUCAAACAUGAUACUAUUAUAUAAUACCCUGCAGUUUGCAAUUGGCAUUUUUACAAUUGUUAUACUGUAUUUAAAAAGUCUCAAGAGUUUUUAUUUUGUAUCAAGAAUCAAGGAUUGAAGAGUACAUUACAGUUGUUUGUUAUAGGCUACUGUAAGUAAUUUGUAAUCAGUGUAAAAUUUGUUUGCUUCAAUUAGCAAAUAUGCUAAUUAGGUACCUUGCAGUUUUUCAAUUACAAUUUUUGCAACUAUACUGUAUAUAUUACAAAAUCAAACAGUUUUUACAAUUAAGAAGUGAUGCUUUGAGGGUAUGGUACAGUUGUUGCUGUUACACCAUGAGUAAUUUGUAACUUAAUUAGGUAGUGUAAAAUUUGUUUGUUUCACAUAGCAAAUAUGUUACUAUUAGAUAGUAAUUACCUUGCAGUUUACUAUUAUUAUUUUUGCAACUUUUAUACUGCAUAUUUUAAAAUAAAACAUUGUAUUUGUAUGAAGAAUCAAGGCUUGUAGCAUACAGCUCAGUUGUAAUUAGUAUAAAUUUGGUUUGUUUCUUAAUAAGUUGUUAAGUUUGUUUUUUAUUGUUAUCUGGUCUGUUUCAGUUAAACUUAAGAUUAAUAUUUCCGUUACACAAGUUCUUAAAAUGAUACUUCAUGUACUCAA